UGAAAGAUUUCAUAGUACAAGUAAACAUUUCACAAAGAAACAGGAAGUGGUUCUGCUUUUGUUCUGGAGGAAUCCGAUUUCGGAGAAUGUGGGCAUUUCUUUCUCAGUGAAUAUGAUUCUUCCAAAGUGGUUACUGUUGUCGGCGAUUGCGCUUCAGGUGGCGUGGUGUUGGAAUGGAUUCAGUGAUGGGGGCUCCGAUUUGGAUGUUCUCAUGCGGCGAAGGUUGGAUCUCUUAUCAUCCGAGCGAAGGACUAGGCAAGCUCCACAAGCGCAUUCCCGUGAAACUGAUACAUCUCAGUAUGAUUUAACAUUGCACCGUGUUAAGGUGAACCUAAACCGUACUGCUGCUGAUCAUCAAAUGUUGUUCACACGAGUUCGAAGCAGCGGAAAUCUGUAUCUCUACUCUGGCAAUCAAAUCUCACGGGUCACGGUUGCCGAAACAGAGGUUAAGCUGGUGCCUGUAGCUGCGACUUCUGAUAUACACGAGGAAGUUUCAGAAUUCCAGAUUGAGGAACUUAAGGCAAUUGACAACAAGACGACACUGAUAGUCACUGUCUCUCUGCCGGAUCGGAUGCAUGUUUAUCAAAUAUCGGGCAACUCGAAGGGGAAAGUGUUAACAGUGAAAGCUAUGCAAAGGAUAAAGCGACCAGGUCAAACCCAUCAAUCAGUUUUGGUGCAGUCGAAAUCCAAUUUGUUCCUGAUCAGCGGUUAUUCCGAAGCACGUUUCGGAAAAGUGGUAAUUUAUCGUUGGUUGGACUUCCAUUUUUCGUUGCGUGAUGUCAAGGAAGUGGAUCGCUGUGACAAGCUUUUGGUAUUCAGUGGUGAUCAACUCGUUAUUCUCGUACUGGAAAUGGCUGAAUAUCCGGAACGAUCAGUGAAUAAUAUUUUCAUGCUUAACGAUGAAUUCAAGUUGGUUAAAACGCAAGAAAUGUACUUUUUGUUCGAUCGACUACCGCAUUAUGAGGUGGAAAAUCAGUUCUACAUUCUGCGAUGUCUUGCGUUAGAUACGUGCUUUUUAUAUCGAUGGAAUGGUGAGAGCCUUUUUCGUCGAGCCAGCAAAAUAUCAUACGAUCCCAGGAACAUCGACAUCAUGGCCUCGGGUCAUGGAAUGAUAGCAAUGUCCCUCGAAAGAACACUCUACUUCUACGACAAUCAGCCCCUGUUGAAAAUUGCUGCUUCGUACGCUAUCGUAAACAGACGCGGCACAGUUACGGAUAAACCUUUCCAGCUCGAUCCACGAGUUAGCGACAUGUUUCUUUACAAGGAGGAAGCAACGGAAAAAUUGUAUCUCUGCAUCCUGUACAACUCUGGUGCCAAAUUGUUGGAUAUGGUCGAGAUACAGUUGAAUAAAGGAAGAAGCGCGCCCAGUCCAGGUGAGCAGUCCAAUUUCAACGCUCUUAAAACGUGCCUUUUCCACAUGAAAGAUUUGGCGAAUAUUCGUAAAAAGUGGAUUGAUUUAAUCAAAUACCAACUGAGCAAAACGCUGCGCAGCUGCAAAUCUACAGGUGUGCUUUCGCUGGCAUCCAAAGUGUUUUUAGCUGAAUCCAAUAAAGUUGAUCGCAUAGAAGUUGACGGAAAUAUCGAAAACUCUCCCCAGGAUCUAUUGAAAGAGUGGAGUUCGACUAAAAAAAGUUUAGCUGAAAUGCAUUCGCAGUCGCAAAAUUUGUUCUAUUUGAACCGGAUGAAUACUGUGCAAUCUAAUAUGAAAAUUCAAGGAAAUUUGCGAACAAAAUCGACACGAAUGAAACACGUUAAGGUACACCAUCCUCAUUCAGGCCGACCUGCUUAUGUGCGACCCAAAAGGGAUCUGCAAUCUUCAAGAGUGAUCACCUCCGCCAUUGUCAACGCCAGAGAAGUAGUAUACAAUGGAAAAAUGUUUGCUUAUACUCUAAGUCGUAACAACGUGAACUACGUUUCAUCUCCUGUCCAUGUUGCAAAUCUACAUACGCAAAACGUGCACAUCGGUUUGAAUACCAUUAACCGAAUCCCAGUGGAUCAAAUGUUGUACAACGCUACCGAUAAAUUCGUAGAAAAAGGACACAAAGUUUUCAAAGCGAUAGACACAAAUACUCUCAAAGUUUAUCUCGUGAAUGGGGAGAAAACAACACAGCAAUUCUCUAGCUUGCGAAAUUUCGUCGUAACGGCCGGAUCUGAAGCUCCUGUGAAAUUGUCUGGGGCACGUGGCGUCACAAAUUUGAUCGUCGGUGGAAAGCUGAAUAACGUAUCCUUAGAUGAUCUAUUACAUCAGUUAUAUUACGUGGACAAAAAAUCGACAAUCAACGGUAACGUUUUCUUGCGUGCACCUUCAUACAUCCGUAAUGUAUAUGCUCGAAGUCUGAAUAGUUUCCCUACCAGCAACAUUUUCGAUUUGAGGACGAAUCAAACAAUUUCUGCCGUUGUACAUCUCUCUCAAGUGUACGCCCGAAAUGUGUAUAGUAAAACAAUAAAUGGAAUAAACAUUCCUAAAGAUGUCGCACUAAUAAGCUCUGCGAAAACCAUUAAAGCGGCAGUGGCAUCCAACUUCGUCGUCAAGAAAGAUCUCACACUUUCCGCCGAAGACCAGCACUUUACCAAACAUGUUUUGGGCACAAAGGUGGAAGAUUUCUCCCAAAUUUACUCAGGACGUGUUUAUCUGAAAGGAUCCCUCAAGUUGAAACAGCUUAACCUGGAGAAUCAAAAAAGUCAACUGGUUUUGAAUGGUUUCACAGCCAGUCCGGAUGUACAAAACCAUUUCUGGAUGAAACGUGUCGAACAGGAUAUAGGUACCUUCACGUUCAAUCGCAACGUUAAGGCUAGCCAUCUGGUCUGUGCAAAACUGAAUUAUAAUCCAACGGUUAGCUAUUUGAGGGGUGACCAUUGGCCAUCGCAUCUGAACCUUGAAAUGUCGAAUGCUUAUGUCCGAGGAUUCAUAAAAACCUAUGCUACCACCCCCACUUUCUUACAACACAUUUCCACUGAAGCCGUUCUGCGUGGAUCCAUGUCCACUGUGUCAGGCCGUAAAGUCUUCACUGGUCAGCUUCAUACCGAUACCUUGGUUGCAGAUGGAGUCGAUGCAAUCAACGUUCAAAGCUUGGCAACUGACUUCAGCACUAUGGCGUUCCUAGACGGAGUCAAAGAAAUUGAACAUUUCUCAUCAGAGGAAUGUUAUAUCGAGCUGCUCGGUGGAUUGACAUUGCAAGAGUACCAGAACGUCUCCUUCAACGCUAUAGUGGAGAGCACUGUAAAUACGCACAACCCGCAAACUCUGGAGUAUUUGUUUCUGCCGGAUAUAAAAGUUGAACAUUUCCGAGCAGCGCUGAUCAAUGGAGUUAACGCAGAAGAUUUCAUAACCGAAAUAGAUAAUUUUACGUAUCGUGUAGAUCCCUUCGCGGCGCAAUUUAAAAUCGAUAACCUCAUUGUUAAGAAAAACGUGAUUUCCACCAGCCAAAUGUUCAUGGACUAUUUGAACACAAUCGCUGUGAAGGAAUAUUUCAAACUGCUGACCCUAAAGGGUGAUAGUGACAAAGCGCAGCAGUGGGAAAUCGGAGGCAGCAAAACCUUGCAGAAAGGCAUGGCCGUCGAUGGAAAAUUGAAUGUGGUUCACGUAAAUCGGCUAAUCCUAGUUAACAUACUCUAUAAUUCUGCCAGGAAAACAGGUCCUAUGAAUAUUGCGGGAUUAUGGAACAUAACGAAACUGGCGACGAAGUACUUGGCGACCAAACAAAUAAACGAUCUACCAAUAAAACAUUUGCAGAAUUCCAAUUUGAAAAGCUUCAAAAUUAAACACGACAUUUCGGUUGGAACAUUGGCGAUUUCUGCGAACAUGCAUGGUCAUCUGUUUCCAAAUAGUUCAUCAGUUUCGAUGCCCCCAAAUAUCCAGAUGCUGGCCAGUUUGACUGUCCAUGGAUCGUUUUUGCUGGAACAUUGGAAGCCUGGAACACUCUUGUUCGAUGUGAUGUUAUCAGCCGUAACUGGUUCAACGAAUGUUUUUGAUAAGAAGCUUGUUUUCCGAGGACACCACGUUGAAAUUGAGAAGUUACGAAACGAAGGCAAAAUUUUCAGCAAGAGCUGCAAUUUUGUCAAUUUGCUAAUGGACUCAGUGAAGAGAAGACAACCCAAUCUCGUAUUCAGCAGUCUCGGAAAAACGUUCAGGGAAGUGGUUUGUCUUGGAUCAGUGGCAUCUAAUGAUUUAGUUACCGCAACGCUGGUGAAUGGAAUCGAUGUAAUUCAUUUGAAUAGGAGCAUUCACUCAGUUGGUCACCACCAGGAAAUGAUUAAAUCGACAAAGUACUUUGAAGAAGAAGUGAAGGUUGUGCAGUUGCUCUGUCAUGACCAACUGGUGGACGGUAUUUAUCCUAGCAAUUUGGACCUUUACUCGGACGCAAGCCAGAUGGUCAAGAAACGGUAUCAGUUUGAAAAACCCAUUUCGGUCAUCGGGAAUUUGUACGUCGAUGCAAUCAACGAUUUCUCGUUGCAACACUUCCUGGCGACUCGCGUGGUGAAAAAUAGGACGUAUACGCAGGAAUACCAUCAGGAAAAGUCUCAACAAGUAACAGGAUUUAUCACAUUUUCGAACCUGGUUUUAUCCGGUGAAUACAACACAGUUCACGUAGUCAACGGUAUUCCUGUAAGCGAGAUUGUAUCCAGAUCGUCCAAUGAGCAUCAGGUUAUGGUUGAGACAAAGCAUUUGACAGGCACCAUUCAGCUUAUUGGACCUACAUCGGUCAUGAAGUGUAACAACGUCUCUUUGUUGGAUGCAUACAAAUCUAGCUUUAAAGCCAAUUCUGCAGAGAUUGCUUUCAAAGACUUGAUUUUUAAUUCUAAAGGUGUUUUGCAAAAUGGUUUGACCAUUGAAAACAAGCUGAAUGGAGUAUCAGUGCAGAAAAUGAUGAAGCUUCGGCUAUCGUCGGUAGAGGAGCUGCUGCCAUUGAUUCCAAUAAUCCAAGAGCAGAUAUCGGUCUCCAAUAGAGCAUACCUAACCAACAAACCAAAGGAUUUACACAUGUUGUACAUAGAAAAUAUUCCGCUGGAUGAAAGAGGCACCAUGGUCGGAAAGAGCGAAGGUCAACGGACCAAUGAAGCAUCUGAUACUGUUAAUUUCGAGAAAUCCUGCAGUAAUGGCAUAUAUCGUUUCAACGUUACUAUUCGGCAGAAAUCGUCCAACGGAGAUAUAAGUUCUGCCAGAACCGUAUUGGAUGGAGUGAUGAUAAAAUCCGAUUGGAUGGAAAUAGCAAAUAACGGCGAAAUACAAACAAUAGUCGUGUCACAAGUCGAAAAGAAUGCCAAGUACUUCCUACUUCUUUACGUCAAUCGCAAUGGAGAACUCAGUGUUCAACAGGAACUUCCAUUAAGCUCAUCGGCGGCUGUAUUCUACUUCGUACACGUAAACGAUUCAGCACUUUUGCUGGCAGUAUCAGAUUCACACCCCCUUCAACUGGGCCAUUUGGCACCGAAACUCAAACUAUUCCGCUAUGAUCCGGAUGUAAUGCGCUUCGUACAUUUCAAAACGCUCAGUGGCCAUUACAAUGACGUUGUUGCUAUCGAUGUCGAGGACGUUAUAAUGUUUGCAGUUUCAGAGCAAGGUUCUAACAUGGUGGAAAUAUUUGUGCUGGACCGUUCCUACUCGGCGUUAUUCCAAAAGCUUAUCUUCGAUUCGACUUUGGCGUCAAUGAAAGCGUUCAAAUUACAAGGAUCCCCAGUUCUACAGAUAUCAACGGUCGAUAAUUUGGUCUACGUUUACAAUUACAGUAUUCUUGAGGGCUGGCGGCAGUUGUCGUACGGCAGGAUUCCGUCUGACGUGAACUAAGCUGUUUCUUAUUAAAUUUUAUCAUUUUAAAUGAUAUUUUCUAUGUUUAUUGUGUUAUUCAUGUUGUGAAUAUUUUGUUCUAGUAUUUGUAGUUAGCAAUAUUGUGUUCUAAAAAAUAGUUUUGUGUAAAUUUA